AGGCAAGAAGGCAGUCAGCUUAAGAUGUACACAGCUGCCUCUUCAUCCAGGAGAAGUAUAAAGUAGACUUCCUUCGAGUUGAUACCCUUUUUAAUGCACAAACUCUCCAAAUGCAUUAGAAAGCACUCCUUUUUCUUUUGUUCUUCAUCCAAUUGCAUGAAAUUGAGGAAACCAGUGUUCCAACAGUAUCUUUAUAAGUGCCUUAGCAGGACUCCUCUCUGAGUCUAAUAAUGUUGAAUAGGCCAUGGAAAUAUAAAAUCAUGUCUAAUGCAGUUGCGUGCUGUGUGGAAACGUGGGCUUGUCAGGAUUCCAGCAUGGUGCGUUGUUGGAGGUUACUCAGUUCCACAUGUGAAGAGCCUCAUUACAAACUCAACACAAAUCCUACUCAGAGUCUGUGGUUUCCUGUCACUUUAAGCUGAUGAUUUCUUUUUUUCUAGGUUAAUCUUCCUUCAUUCUUCCUGGGAGCUCUUUCUUCAUCGGGCUUGUAACAUGAGCACACGUACUCCAGUGCUGAUACAAGGAGUUUGCAGGAAUGUGUGCUUUGGGUAGAAUCAUAGAAUCGUGGUCUGGCCUGAGUUGGAAGAGACCUUAAAAAUCAUCUAGUUCCAACCCCCUUGCCGUGGACAGGGACACUCUUGCCAUGGGUGAAGAGGGAAAUUGAGACUGUUUGUAAUAAUAAGUUUAACUUUAUUUUGAAGUAGCAGUCUUAUAGAUCUCUUCCUUCAUAUCUUCCUUCAGUUCUUUCAUGUCUUGAAUGAACACUAAAACUGUUACUGAACAGUCCUCUUGGUAACAUUUCCAUUCCACAUAUUACUUUGAUAUGAACAAUCUAAACCCAAAAAUGUUGUUUUUGCAGAAACCUAUAAGUUCUUCAAGAAAUGGGAAAUUGGUCUAGUGUGAAUACUGAGGAACAAAUUCUUCUGUUGUGGAGUUCAAUGAUUUUGCAGUGCCUUUGAUUUAAUGAAUUGUCCAUGAUAAUAAAACCCGGGACAGCCAAGCUAGAGGUGUCACAAUACAGAGAACACCAGCUGAAACAAAUGCCAGCUGUUCAGACUUGAAAAGCAGAAAGAUUAACUUCGUUAGCAGCGAUCUAGUGGCCACCUGUCUAAUAAAUGAGGUGAUGAUGGUGAUACUCAACAUCCAGAAAGGGCUCAUGUUGCACAUGGUUAAUUGCUUGUGGUAGAUAGGUGAAUAUAUGAGAACAUGACUGACUACGGUUCCUGAGUCCAGGCUAAUCACAAAAUGGUACCUGGUGUGGCACAUGUUAGCAAUGAAAGGCUCUUUGACAGCAAAGAGAUGAGAAAUGUUCACAUCUAGCUUGGAAGUGAGGGGCCUUACGCCCAAACUCAGCAUGUCACUUCAGUAAUGAUUAGUGCUUCAGUCUGGGCUGGGUGCUUGCAUGAAGUGAACAUCGAAGAAAUGCAUGAAGGCAGUAAUAACCAAACAGGACCUGGUUUGUUCAGCUCUUAAUGCUGGAUUGUUUGGACUUCACUGGACACUUUGAUUGCUGAUUGAUCUUGUGUUUCCCUUGUGAUGGUCUGCUCAAGAAAUCCACCCAGAAAUUAAGUGCUGAGUUGAGCUUUGGGAUUUGGAAAGAAUGAAGAAGUCUAGUCCCAGACAGAGAGAAGACAAGAAACAAACUCUGUAGAAGGGGACAACAGCACAGCUGCUCUCAGACCUCGUUAGCAGGCUGGAUCACUUGCAAAUGUCAUAGGGAGUCAUUGUGUCAUGAGUGUCAUUGAGGGAGGCCAACUCAAAAGAUGAAUUGAUGCCUUCUAGUCCUGUGUUCCAAGUAACCCCCAUUGUGCUAUUUACCAUCUGGAAAUUCUAAAAGGAAAACUUUUCUACGUAAUUUUCUGUAGCAAAUUUAGGCUUUGAACAGUACAGUUUCUAAAAUAAGCCCUUUGUCUUCCAUGUAAGAGCAAAGCUGGUGUCUUCAACUCAGUGUGAGGAAUGCUAUAAUUUCAUCUCCCAUAUUCACACACAAACAAGCACAAGCUGAUGCAGAAAUAAGAUGGCUUUUGUACUCAUUGCAUAUACAAUAGCUGGGUAUUUCAGGUUUUGAAAGGAAAAUUCUUUCAGUAGUGGGUUGAUCUGUCUGUUUGUUUAGAACAGCUGUAUACAACUGUUUGAGAGUGAGAGUCACGCUCUGGAGUUGAAGAAAAGCCUCUCUAGGAAUUGGAAGUAGAGGGUACUUGAUGUUACAGUAAAAUAUUUUAGAAUGUUCUGAGGGGAAUAUUGCCCCUGAGCCCCCUUUAAAGGAUAAAUAGAGGUUCCACCACAUUUGCCAAGAAAAGGUCUACUCUGAACUUUUGUUCUUGGAUCAUGCUUUGGAGCCUUCAGCAAUAAGCCUGUCCGGUAUGAUUGUGGUGAUCCAAGACAGUGCAGCCUGGCAGCUGCUCCUUGUUACCUGUCCCCCUGCAGAGCACCAUUCUGUAUCCUGUGCUACAAAAGGGAACUUAUGCUCAUACCUUCUUCAUCAAUUUAAAGGUAUCACAUCAAACUGGCUGAAGUAGUACAUAAGACCCCAAAGCCUCACCCAAAAAACUCUUGUUCAAACUUGGUGAAUUAAUUUUAAGUGCAUGUGCACUGAGAGAGAUUUGAUGCUUGUGGAUGGAAAGGAAGUAGUUAAGAAAACGUGCUUUUAGAAAUCCUAUGAGGUGCAUGUUGUAAAGCUACAUUUUUUUGGAUCAGUUAUUACAGCCCUGGUUUAAGCUGCCUAAAAUAAACCACAACUGAUCCAGUAGCCACAUAGCUCAGUGUUGAAUCUGUUAAUAUAUUUUGCCUUUCUGAGCACCACCUGUUCAAGUGUCACCUGCCUGGUGGUAUGGUUUCAACAUUUAACUCCUAUAAAAAAACGUUUAAAAAUUAACUUACAUGCAUCACAAACCACACAAUCUCCAGUAAUGAUUGGCUUUUCUCUAGAUGACAUUGCAUGAAAAUCAGGUGAUUGUAAUACACAAAACGACAUUAAUUGCCUUCCUGAUCUACUUCCUCCUUGCUAAUUAUUUCUUUUGUUAGUGUGCUGCCCUAGAAAAAAAUCUGAAAUUGCUUCCUGUUUGGUGUCUAAAAUGUUGACAGUCAUCAAUGCUUUGAAUCAUUAAUUCCAGGCACACAGAAAUGCUCUUAAUAGUUAUAGAAUCACAGAACAGUUUGUGUUAAAAGGAACCUUAAACAUCACCUGGUUCAAACCCCCCUGCCAUGGACAGGGACACCUUUCACUAGAAGAGGUUGCUCAAAGCUCCAUCCAGUCUGGCCUUGAACACUUCUAGAGCAACCAACUUCUCUGGGCAACCAAAAUCCAAACUUAUUCUCUUUCAGUAGUACCCCUUGUCCUAUCACUACAUGCCCUUGCACAGGGUCCUUCCCCAGCUCAGUUGUUGGCCUCCUUCAGGUACUGGAAGGUGCUGUAAGCUCUCCCUGGAGCCUUCUCUUCUCCAAGCUGAACAGUCCCAACUCUCUCAGCCUAUCUUUGUAUGACAGGUGCUCCAGCCCUCUGAUCAACUUAGUGGCUCUUCUUUGGACUCACUCUAGCAGGUCCACAUCCUUCUUACGUUGGGGGUCCAGAGCUGGAUGCAGUAUUCCAGGUUGGAUCUCAUGAGACCGUAGUGGAGGGGGAGAAUCACCUCCCUCGACCUGCUGGUCACAGUCCUUUUUUAUGCAGCCCAGGACACAGUUGGCUUUCUGGGCAGUUACAAAGUGCACGUUGCUGGCUCUUGUUGAGCUUCUCGUCAACCAACACCCCCAAGUCCCUUUCCUCAAUCCAUUCAUCCACCAGACUGUGGAUGUGCUUGGGAUUGCCCCUGACCUACAUGCAGGAUCCUGGCUCAAACUCCAAAGGACUUGCUUUAGGUGGUAGAUCUGUAUUUAAGCUGGAUGCCUCGUAACAUCCAAUCCAGUGUCCCCUUUGCCAGAACACCUUUGCUACAGUAAAAUUCAAAAUCUCACUUUAAGAGAGCAGAAGGAAAACACUUUUUCCUCCCUCAUAAAUAUUGUGGCUAAACAGAGGCAGAGUGGAAUGUUAUUUCAAUGCUCAUCUGCAUUCUUCAGAAAAGCAAGAUAAAGGAAGAGACUGGGGCCCUCAGCACCUGUUCUUUUCUGAACACAGUGAAAACUGAGAGCCUUCUGUCUUACAAGUUUGAAGAUAUGUAUUUUGCUAUUUAAAAGAUAUGUAAAUGUGGCACUUAGGGACAUGGUUUAGGGCUGGAUUUGGCAGUGCUGGGUUGGGCUAGAUGAUCUUUUCCAACCUAAAUGAUUCUAUGAUUACUUCCAGGUAUAUUAGAGGUAGAAAAGAAACACUAUAGAAAUGUAAUUAUUAAACUGAGUGUGUCUCUUUAAAAAGAUGGGGAGGACAGCUCUGGAGGGAUUGUCUGAGACGAUGCUACAGAUGGAUGCAUUUUUAACUGGUCAGUUAGUGGUAGACAUCCAACGUGCGUCAGCAGUGAUGGGCAGCUUCCCUAUAAAGCAGUUAUAAAGUCUGUGAAUACCUGAGUGUUACCUAUAAUUACACCCAAGACAAAAGGAACAACCUGAGAAAUGCAUCUGCCUGUCAAUGUUAUGAAACCGGUUGAAACUCAACAGAGACAAUAAUUAAUGUGGUAUUGUUCCAGGUAAUUUUACAUAGUAUUCUCACCACCCAGUGACAUGUGAUGCUGUAACCUGCAACAUGAAGGAGAAUAAUAUAUGCAAUAUAUAAUGCUAUUUAAAAAAUGGUGGUCCAUUUCGAUCACAUUUCCAUUAAGUGGAAUGAAAAAACUUCACCUCGCAUGAGGGUAUAAAAAAAAAACCAAUGUCAAAAUCUGUGAGUAGGAAAGAACUGAUGGCAUUGAACCUUGGUGUGCUUUAGAUCUCAGGUGUUCUCCCUUCCAGUUUAUGUAAAACAAGUGGAAAAUGCUAUUUUGUCAGGUAACAUUUUUUUUUGUCCACUCUGUUCUGUCUCUAACUCAAUGUAACAGUGUCAGUGACAGACCAUGGAGAAACCAUGUCAGUGGUCACUGACUGCAACUUAUUGCCAGGAUGCCCCUGUGAAUAUCAGGAAGCUUUCCUGCUUCUUGAAUUUAAGAUGCAGAUACCAUUUGAGAAGUGAACACCUCCUCUUUCCUUAACUUUCCACCUCCUCCCUCCCAGUCACUUGCUGUGCUGACCAAAAUCCAGGACAAAGAGAAUAUGUAUCAGUACUGUACUCUUGAUGUGAUUUUCUGAAUUAAAUCUGUCAUGAAAAUGAAAAAUUGUUCUGUACUAGUGACAGAUGCAGCCUACUCUUAACUUAAAUGGUUCACCUGAAUUCGAUGCUCUGGGUUUACAGCCCCACAGGAGAAGACGGUGUUUUCUAACAUCACGCAGCUCUCAUUACGUGGUAGUGCCAGGGGCAAACGCACUGGCCUGCUCCAUUCAGUGUAUGUGAGCACCACUGUGUUUCCACAGAGGCUGCCUGCUUUGGGCUUUUACUCUGUAAGGCAAUCAGCAAAUUUUGUGAGGAUAAGGAGGUUUUUAGCGAGAAAAAGUCCAAUUUAUAGCGCUACUGAGAAAAUAUCCUCUUAUUUGGGCUUACACUGGAAAUCAUGUGAAUACAAGGAAUCUGUCCCAGGGACCUAAGAGCUUACAGUAGCACAGAUAAAAAUAAUUGCACUUAAAAUAUAGCAGUCAUUCAAUAAGUGUAUAAAGAGCAAUGCAAUGCAGAGGAGGCAUUAAGAAUUCAUGUGACUACUGUGAAAUGUAGAAAAUAUGUGGUUACAUGGUUAAUAAAUGAAAAAUACAUAGCAAAACCAAACAGUAUUUAAAUUCAAAACUUUAUCUUAAGGACUGUCAGCAAGUGACCAACACAUUAGGAAAGAAAUCUUACCAAUGGUCAGAGGCUACUUCUCAAAAAAAGGUCCCAUGUCAUCGGCAUGAACACAGGUUCAGUGACAGAGAAACGCUAGUUUAUUGUCGCUAACAUGAUGCUGAUUUUAUAAAAUGUAACUGGAUAUUAAUACUAAAUUACUAUAAUAUAUUUGAGAGAAUACAUCUCUUUCUAAUAUAAAUUGCUGUGUUCUGUAGAAGGUAAAUGAAUACAUCUACUCGGUUUGUUGCCAUCAAGCUGUGCACUAUUAACUUUCCCCAGAUCAUUUCUUCUGUCUUUUUUUCCCCUCCAGAAUUUCUUCAGUCACUAUUUCCUUUUGAAAAUAUUAAAGCCACACUGUACAUGUGAUGUUUAUUUUCUACCUGUUAAACCUCUACUGUCUGAAGUGUUAAACCCCAGUAAAAGAAUUAAGUGAUAAUCUACUCUGAGAUACCACAAUAAGAUACCAGGUUCAUACAUAGAAAAUGAUUGCCUAGCAUUGUUGUAAUCUUGGGAAGAUGUCAUUAUGAGUUCUAUACUUAAGACUCAACUCAUUCCAACCCUCCUGGAACAACAGGAUUAAGUUCUCCAGUGAAGGUUCCCUCUUUCAUACUAUCUCAGUAUUUAAGUUAUGAUACUUGUGUUUACUGAUUUUUAAGGUGACAAGACCCACUUGAUCAUCUCCUGUGUUUUACUGACUAAUAGCCAUCACUUGAUUUUGAAACCAGUAAUUAGUGUCUGACCAAAACAGUGUUUCCUACCUGCCACAUCUCAAGCCCAAAAGAGCAAUUGGGAAUAGAUGGAUUUGUGAUUUAUUAAAUAAUGAACAGAAAGCUACUGGAAAAAAAAUUUGCCUUCCUAACCCCCACAUAUGCUGGGCAGAGUCUUGGGAAGAGAAAAAUGUGGCAAAGGGGACAGGAUUGAAGGGCACUGGCCUCCCAGACCAUCUUUCCUUCUCAAAGUGACUCAGAUGUUUUAGAUAUGUGAAAAGUCUUUUGGUCACAAGGUACAAGUCUUUCAGAGACCCUCUGUGUGUCCCCGCUAGCUUCAGCUGCUGAGAGGCUAGUUUCCUUCCUCCUAAUUUCAGCUGCAGCAUCCUGCCUCCCUAAAUCUGAAAGUCAAACCCUGCCUCUGUCCUCAAAGUAUUCAAGUUCCCAUCCUGAAUUAGGUUUGCUGUAAGCAAUGAAGCAGUGAGAUGUUUCUCUUUAAUUACCCUUUUAAAAAUUCAUACGAAAGCAGAAUUCUUAAUUAAAAGCUUGACAACCUGAAAUCGUUGAGGAAGUGAGACAAAAAAAUCCUUCCAGAAAUGUUCCCAGACUAACUCAGACACAAAGCAAGGAGAGCACUAGACAGGGAUCUGAUUUUUGCCCAGCCUCUGCCACUGAUUCACUGCAAUCCUUUCUGCAAGUCAUUUAUUGUGCAGCAAUGUGCGUAUUGAUGGAGAAAAAACAGUAUUUAUUUCCUCUCACAGAGCUGUCCUGAGUCUAACAACUACUUGUGCAAAUCUCUGGAUGAAACAAAUCGUAAGAGUUCUAAGCUCUUAAUAUGUAUUACUUAUUGUGCUUUAAAACAGUCAUCACACUAGGUAGGAAUUAACAUUCCAAAGCCCAUAGGGUGGAUACCUCUUCCUACAUGUAUAUAUAAAAGUCAUCAAGUGACCUGCCUCAGAGGAAGGCUGACUGAAUACAGGUGAGUCUGAAUUCACUCUUAGAACAUUUAUUUAGAACCAGAAGCUUUUAUUUUGUUUUGGUUUAGCAUUUUGUUUUGAUUUAGCAUUUUGUUUUGAUUUAGCAUUUUGUCAAUAUUGUGAUUGCUAUGCUGUUUCUACCUCAGGCCUGUGAGGUUUUUGUGAUGGGAGGGGAAAAAAUGGCUGGUAACUUAAAGCUUUAUAACUGGCAAUUUCCUACAUGUGGAAAGAGCUACAGCCUGUAGCUUUUGCUGCAGACCCAUAUGGAUGUGCCACUGAAUUUAUAGAUAUUGGGUCAAGCUAUAUUGAUCCGGGCUUGUAAGUACUCAGUGUCAGAGGUCAAACUGAGCUCCUGCAUGUGCACAGCUCCCUCCAUCUGUGAACAUUUUGCCUGAACAGGCUCACUCACUUAUUGGAGUCUAUCCAAUGACACUGGUGGACUAUUUGUGUUUCUGCAUCUGUGCAGUCUGGUUUGCAGUAGAAAUGCAGUCUAGAGAAAAGGUCACACAUGAUUAAAAUCAAUAAUGUAUUUUCAAGUGUUAACAGCAUUAGUGAUGACUGCCUACAAGACUCAUGGUGUGUUUUUUAUUUGAAAUCUUCUUGGGGAAAAAAAGUAUCUGUAAGCCAUAAAUGCUGCUCUGUUUAAAUGUGUUCACCUGCAAGGCAAGCACAGUCAAUGUUUUUUGAAUUUGAUAGGUAUUAUCUGAUGACAUUUUGGAAUUUUACUAAUAAGCACAACAGAUGCAUUUAUUAAUAAAGUGAUUAUCUGCUAUUAUUGCCCAGAGAAGUAUUAUUUCACCAAAUAAAUCUUGGAGUUGCCUUGCAUGCUCUUAGCAGAGAAUUAAGGGUCAUAUUGCUAGAUUUUUGAAGACAAGUUUUCCCAAAAGCCAAAAAAAAUCCUUUUUGAACAGGAAGCAGUGGAUAUGUGCACUUUGUAGCACGUUAGACUUCAAACACCUAUAAAAUUAAAGCAAAGACAGCGUACAUUGUCACUGUAAAGACACGGUACGUGUGUUCAGGAGGGGCCAUGUGAGCAAGCAGUGAGAACUGAAAGGGGCUAAAAAGCUCCCUGCUGGCCCAGGCUGCCAACAGGGACCUCCCUGAUCCCAAGCUCCUCAAGGGGAGAGUGUCCUGCAGAGAAGGUACCUCUGGUCCUCAACCCCUCUUCAGCAAAUGCCAUCCGUGUCUGGUGCCUCAGGGUGGGAGCUUUUGGCACCCCAACUUUGCUACAGUGCUGUCGAAGAUCAGCAGUGAUUUCUUCACGUUUUGCAAACUGCUGUGUUUCCAGGUCUCCUGGGACAGCUGAGGAGAGCCAUCGCCAUGAUCCCCGCACUGCUCUUGCUGGGCCUUUCGGCCCUUGUCGCUCCAUCCAUGAGUUACAGUUGCUAUGGUGAUAUAAGUGCUCUUCAAGCCCCCACGAUGUCCUGCACAACUGUAAGAGCCCCAGAUUGUGGAUAUGCCAUGAUACGGAGGACUGCUGAGGCAGACCUCGUGCGCCUGAGGAGAUAUGAGGUCCCAAUUAGAAGAGUAGCCCGAAACCUGUGCUUGGACCCAGCUCUCAUUGGUGCCAUCAUGUCCCAGGAGAGCCGUGUGGGCCUGCUCCUGAACAACGGCUGGGACCAGGGACGGCAGAAGUACGGCUUGAUGCAGAUCAGCAGGCAGCUACAGCAGCCUUAUGCACUGUGGGAUAGUGAAGAACACAUAAAUCAGUGCUCAAAUAUCCUGGUUCUUUCAAUUAAUGAAGUACGUGCAAGACAUCCUACCUGGACCUGGGAUCGGCAGCUGAGAGGGGGAAUCUGCACCUACCAUUCAAGAAUGGGCAAUCUCCCGGUCUACGAGGAAGACCCAUGCAGCAGAGACAACAACUACGUCAACAGCGUGAUUAGGCGAGCUCAGUACUUCAAGAGAAACGGGUUCUAACUCAUGAACCCGCCCCACCACCGAGCCUCUCCUCUGCACAGACUAGCCCAGUAGCGAUCACAGUACCCAGAGCAGGUCUUCUGGCAGGACCGAUGCUGGGAGCAUUGCCAACAGCACCUUGCUCGCUCCAGCAAACCCCAGCUCCCCGCUCACCGAUGGGCGAGCUCAGCACUGCCUUCCAGGGGACCCACAGGGAUGAGAUACCACAAGCUUGGGGCCUUUGAGAGGCAGAUGGGGACAGACCAGCGGUGUUUAAAUUUUGAGUGAGGAAUGUGACUCUUCCUGUUUGGAGCUGAACCCAGGGCUGUUCAUGCAUCCCCCAGAUGCGAGCACACAAGCAGCUCUCCCUGGACAUCAGCUGUGCUCUUCCCAUCAUCUCCAUCCACCUCCUUCCCUCUCCAUGGCCAAUACAGCGGAUGAGGUUCCUGAGCUAAAGUUUUCCUUCCCCUUGAUGCUGCUGGCUAAGGGGCAGUGAAGAGACUUCUCACCAAGCCUUUGGUCUCUGCAGUAGCUGAGUAUUCCUGUGGCCAGCCUUGAGGGGGGCAAUGCUAAACACUACUUGGUUAGUCUACCAAGUCUUGGAGUCCAUGGCCAUGGUGGGGAUGGGGACCUCCUCAGGGUGAAAAGCAGCCUCACACAGGGGAAAUCCUCUAUAUGGAAAGUACUGCAAGUGCCAUAGCAGGCGUGCAAAACACCUUUCCAUUAGAGACCAGCCCUCAGUAGGAGUCAGCCCCGUAUGUACCCACCCCAGGAGCUGUAUCACAGCAACAGUGUUGGUAAAAAAACCCAUAACCUUUCCUGAUUUAACUUCGGCACCCUUAUGCUGGGUUUCCCCCAAAUUUAAAAGCAUUUCAGCAUCCAUCCCUCUGCCAGGAAUCCCAACUUCUAAUAAGAGUGAAUUAGCUCUGGGUUUAUAAGGUCUGUUUGAAAGUGGUCUUCAAUGUGGAUGGGUCUCUGGCUGCCAAUUUAUGUUUAAUUAGAAUAAUACUGAGACUAACAAUAAGAGAGAAAAUAAAGACAAAUGUUAACUUCCA